AUGGAGGAAAUUCAGGGGGUGUCCAAACUAUCAGGACUAAAAAAAUGCGAAUUUUUUUUAUGGCUUGAUCCACCCCCGCCAAACACUUACUACAAGGAAACUAUGUGGAAGUUCCAUAUGGAUUUGGAGGAGGCUAACAACAAUAAAGCAUUUGGAUUGGAGGUUUUGAAGCUUUCAGAGGAGGCCAAGAACAACAAAGCAGUUCAACUGGAUACUUUAAACCUGUUGAAAAUGGAGCUACUUAUGAUGGUCAUGCUUUUGGUGGUGGUGAUAGUGAUGGGGUUUAUGGUUCACAAUGUUAUGGUUAAAGCACUGUUAAGUUGUGGGCAUUAG